GUGGGGUGGUGAAAAGUUUUAACACGUUGAAUUGUAACGUUUGUCACAUUAUGUGACCUGAAGCUUCAAAGCAACAUAUUCGUCAGAAAGUUGUUUUUUCCCCUCCCGAUUACUAGAUAUUUUUUUUUUAACCAGCGGGGCCAUAUUCGUGUAACUAACCACCAGUCACAGCCUGGUUUCAACAGUUUCGAUUUCUCAAUAAGAAGUGGCAUAUUAUUUACACACCCCCAGGCAUCUGUCUUUCGGGUUGUUUGACGCGUUUUUUACUUUUGUUUGUCCAAGUAAUCAGUGGCGUACCUAACCCCGUAACACAGGUGAACCGGCGGCCUACAGUGGGCUACUGCGCUAAAUCCAAAGCCGUUUGAAAGUCGGCGCACUACAGUGCCGCUGGGGGAUGGGCUGCUGUACGCGUGCGGCUUACGUACGGCGUCGCCGCGAGACCACUUCGCGAUCAUAAAUGCGGUCGCUGCGCCGGUCCUCAGCGGGACGCUGCAAUAGACGGUUGUUGCAUCACUAUCGCGAAUAGAUGUUUAUUAUCAUGUUAUCCGGCGUCUUUCUAACCCAAUGAUGAUCUAAUUCGGAAGGCAGGCUGCAGGUCCAUGAGGAAGCCACGGAGGAGAGGCCGCCAGACUGGGGGUGGCGUGAGUGGGGGGGGUCCUGGCUAUCAGAGGGCCCCUUCACCCUAUAGCCUAAAACUGUCACCAACCAGAGAGACCCUGACAUAUGCACAGGCACAGAAAAUGGUGGAGGUGGACCUGGAUGGCAGGCUUCAUCGGAUCAGCAUCUUUGAUCCACUCACAGUCAUCACAGAGGAUGAAAUGACAGCUCAAGACAUCUCUGAGUGCAACAGCAACAAGGAAAAUAGUGAACAGCCACCUUUCUCCGGUGAGGCUAAGCCAGGACGACGGGCACCCUUGCCCAAGGGCCGGAAGAGGGAUGCCAAGCAUAGUACAAGUCUGCCAAAUCACCACCACCUUGGCUCGCAGCAAGUUCCAGUGGCACCAUCAAAUGCUCAGCCCAAUUCUUCCCACUGCCCCAGCCCAUACAGCCCUCUCCCUGUGCCCACUUUCCGUGUUUUGGACACAGUCUGCAUGUCAGAGGCGCCGCCAUUGCCCAACGCUUAUUACCGUUACAUUGAGAAGCCAGUGGAGGAGCUCGAUGCACAGGCAGAGUAUGACAUGGAUGAGGAGGAUCUAGCCUGGCUUGAGAUGGUGAAUGAGAAGCGGGUCUUGGAUGGGCAGACUGUAGUUUCCCCAGACACCUUUGAGCUGCUCAUGGACCGGCUGGAGAAGGAGUCCUUCCUGGAGUCCCGGAGCCUAGCGCCAGCUCAGGGCACCAUCGACGAGGAUGCCUUUUGUUGUGUCUGUCUGGAUGACGAGUGCAUCAACAGUAAUGUUAUUUUGUUCUGUGACAUCUGCAACCUGGCAGUGCACCAGGAGUGCUACGGCGUGCCCUACAUCCCUGAAGGGCCUUGGUUGUGCCGCUGUUGCUUGCAGUCACCAUCUCGGCCAGUGGACUGCGUGCUCUGCCCUAACCGGGGUGGCGCCUUCAAACAGACCAGUGAUGGGCGCUGGGCGCACGUCGUGUGUGCCAUCUGGAUCCCUGAAGUCUGCUUCGCCAACACAGUGUUCCUGGAGCCAGUGGAGGGUGUAAGCAACAUUCCUCCAGCACGCUGGAAGCUUACCUGCUACCUGUGCCAGCAGAAGGGCCGCGGGGCCUCCAUCCAGUGCCACAAGGCCAACUGUUACACAGCCUUUCAUGUGACCUGUGCCCAACGAGCUGGGCUCUUCAUGAAGAUUGACCCCGUGCGUGAAACCGGUGCCCACGGAACUACAUUUACCGUCAAGAAGACGGCCUUCUGUGAGGCGCACACCCCACCAGGGGGCAAUAGGCAGGGGGCAACUGGCUCCGACGACGACGACGAGACCGCGGGCAGGCAGGUGGGGGGCAGGGGCACACGGGCCCGCAGCUCCUACACACAGACCUGUGCUGCACCACAACGGCAUCGGGGUAAGAAGGCAAGCAAACUGCCAAAGAAGAAGUCAAAGAAGGGUCUGGAGGUGGCAUCUCGCCGAGCCUCCAUGCCGCUGGUCACGGUGCCACAAAUCCCCUCCCACAGGUUGAACAAAAUUUGCAAAGGGGUCCUCAUUCAACGGAAGAACCAAUUUAUGCAGAGGCUUCACAACUAUUGGUUGUUAAAGCGUCAAUCACGCAAUGGUGUGCCUCUGAUUCGUCGGCUGCAUUCUCAUCUACAGGCCCAAAAGAAUGUGGAGCAGGCAGAGCCAGAUGAGAAGCUGAGUGCUGUGAGGGAGGAGCUGAAGUACUGGCAGAAGCUGCGGCACGACCUGGAGAGGGCCAGGCUCCUGGUGGAGCUGAUCCGGAAAAGGGAGAAGCUGAAGAGGGAGCAGGUGAAGGUGCACCAGGCGGCUUUGGAGCUACAGCUAACCCCUGCACUGGUGCUGUUCCGCUCCACCCUGAACCAGCUACAGGAGAAGGAUGUAGCGCAGAUCUUCGCACAGCCGGUUAACCUCAAAGAGGUACCAGACUAUCUGGAGUUUAUAUCCCAGCCCAUGGACUUCUCCACCAUGCGCGCCAAGCUGGAAGCCCACGCUUACCGCACGCUCACGGAGCUAGAGGGUGACUUCAACCUCAUGGUAGCCAACUGCCUGCGCUACAAUGCCAAGGACACCGUGUUCCAUCGCGCCGCGGUGCGCCUGCGCGACCUCGGAGGUGCCGUUCUGCGGCAUGCUCAUCGGCAGGCCCACAGCACGGGGCUGGACCCUGACACUGGUACACACCUCCCCGAUUCUCCACACCGGCAUGACUACUACCGCUGCUCCUGGGAGGACGUGGACACACUUUUGGUGCCUGAGAACCGCCUGCACAUGUCCCUGGAGGACCAGCUGAAGGAGCUUCUGGACAAGCUGGACAUGGUCAUGUCCAUGGGUCCCAGUGGGGCUCGUACGCGGCGUAUCCGCCUGCUGCGGCGGGAAAUACACAGUGUGCGCUACAAGCAUGACCAGCAGCGCCACCUACUGCAGCAUAAUGGUAGUGUCAGAGAGGAGAAGGAGGAGGAGGAGGAGGAGGAAGAUGAAAAUUGCAUGGAUGACAGCAAUAAUGUGCGUUUGGCAUCGUUGUCUUCCAGCCCUGACAAAGAUGAGAUGAAACUGAUACUUCCUCCAAUGCUGGAGCCCACAGGUGCCGCCCUCCCCCCCCAACAUGGGGAGGCCCCCCAGGAUCCACCCACAUUACAGCCAGUAGCCGCUGAUUCCAGGCCCAAUGGGCGUCCUCACAAGCACCUGAAGUCAGCGCCUGAUGGCGACAGUGGAGCCAGGUCUGAGGAGGAGGGGCAUGUGGCCUGCCUGUGCAGUGAGGGGGGGGCCGGCAGUGGGCGCUCAGCCCCUCCCCCUCCCGCUGCCGGCGUGGGCCGCCGCACCUCCGUUCUUUUCAAGAAAGCAAAAAUCGGGGCCAAAGCUCCACGGUACAGGGAUGGCCCUCUGCAGAAUGGGGGGGGGAAGGGGGUUCCGGGGACUACGCCAGACUCCAGCCUGCUCCUGUCUGCUGGUGCAGCACCUCGGACCACACCCCCGCCCUUGCCAGCCGUACUGAGGCGGUCCGCCACUGAUUCUGACACUGAUGGGGAUAAGUCACCUCCACCAGCCCAAGAGAGAGGUCUGACCAACGGCUUUGCCAAGCACAGAGAUAGCGGCUCGGAGUCGGACUGUAGUGCCUCCCCUCUCCUCCUCAAUGAAAUAGCUCCUCCUCUGAAACGCAGUCGCGGAAAACCGGCACUUUCCAAAGUGCCAUUUCUGGAUGCUGUGAAUGGCGAUUCAGAUUACACUGGGACAGGCAGGAGUAUCCUGAUGCCCUUUGAGAAUGGAAUGGAACUGGAGCCUCUAGACCUUGUGUGGGCAAAAUGUCGAGGUUACCCCUCAUACCCUGCUCUGAUCAUCGACCCAGACAUGCCCCAGGAGGGUUUGCUACACAACGGCGUGCCAAUUCCCGUGCCCCCGCUGGAUGUCCUGGAGCUGGGUGAACAGAGGCAGGAGGAAGCAGGAGAGAAACUCUUCCUUGUUCUCUUCUUUGACAACAAGAGGACCUGGCAGUGGCUCCCCCGAGACAAGCUGCUGCCCUUGGGCGUGGACGACACCGCAGACAAGCUGCGCAUGAUGGAGGGUCGGAAGACCAGCAUCCGCAAAUCCGUGCAGGUGGCCUACGACCGAGCCAUGGUCCAUCUGAGCCGUGUGCAGGGUGACCAUCCCUUUGUCACCUCCAACUACCUGUAGACAGAAUGGGGUGAGACAGAGGAUGACAGUUAAUCGUUUCCCUCAAUUUCCACACUGCUGUUGUUCAGUAGGCUGGAGCAGGCAUAAGUUGUGUCUUGAUGUCGGGGCCUAGGAUCCUGAUGGCUUUUGGCAUUUCUAAUUUGGGGACUGACAGCAGUUAGAUUGUCACCCAAGUAACUGCUCCAGUCUAGUGCAAGCUAUGGUGAGACAAAGGCCAGCAAAUUUAGUUGAGUUUGAGUUACACUGUUCAAAGAGGAGGUGACUAUCAUCCAUUUAUACCGCACCCCUCGUGGGAGCCAUUGUCCCUGAUCCCACAGUGCCCUGGAGAUUAGAUUAAAAUCCAGAGGCCGUGCGCACUCUGACUGUGCUGUCCCCCUGAGCACACUCCCAGCACUCUUUGGGAGAUUGAAGGCAAACUGCAUUCAUUACAGUGUGGUUCAGAGGAACUUAAUUUUAUUAUUAUUUUUAUUAUUUUUUUCCUUUUGUCAAAGACUACUGUAGUGAAAGGAAUUACUUUGGUAAGGGAAAAAAAAUCACUUUUCAUAUUUGUAUAAAAGUAUGAAUUGAUCACUGCCAUUUUCUUACAAUAGCUUUUUACUUUUUAAUAUUUUACAAAACCACUUGUACAUUGAAAAGACACAUUCAUGUAUAUAUAUGUUUAUAUCAUUCAGUACCUUUUAAUUUAACAUUUUGUUAAAGGUGAACUAAGUCAUCUGCAAGAAGGAAGAAAUAUGAAGAGACCUUUGUAUAUACUUGUAAAAUAGUCCCUUAAGUAUGGACUGGCUUCAUUGUGUAUUCAGCUUAUAUGUGAUGACAGUGUUUUCUCACACAUGUAUAAUAAAACAUUUGGUUUGAUAAUUUAUUUAUGGGAAGUUCAAAACAAAUGAAAUUAUAUAUUAGUUGACAUUUGAAAGUAAAUGUUAUUUAAUAUAAGCUAUUGAAAAGGAUUUAAGAAUGAGGAUCCACAGUGGACUUUGUGGCUCUGUUGUUGUGAGAUUUAUAAAAUUCUACUGUUGAGAGUUGACUUGUCAUUUUUACUGGAUGUAACUGCAGAUAUCUAGUCCACUGUCAAGCACAGAACCUUGUAUUUAUUGUAGAAAGAGUUUACUAGAAUUAUAGACCAUGUUUAUAUACGAUGGUGCUGAUGAGAAAUUUUAAGCUUGUACAAAAUGCAGAUUUUACCUACUUGCCUAUAACUGGUCUGAAUCAAUAUUUUCUCAUGGUGGGAAAUAAAUGUUCUAAUCAAAAAAAU